AUGUCAGGCGACAAUUCGACGGAGGUUGAACGAAAACGUCGCAGAGCCGCGGAGGCGUCGAGUUGGAAGAAUUCCGUAGAGCGACUGAAAGCGAUUCGGCAAGGAGGACUUGGGAACCUAUCGGCUUCAGGUGGUGGCUACGAUGAUAUUAAACUGGAACAGCCAUUUGAUGAUGGUGAUGAGUACGACGCAAUUGUAUCCCUGCGGCGGCGUGGGUUUGUAGGUGAGGAGGAGGACUGGUCGAAGCCCAGUGGGCCUGAGUCGACUGAUGAAUCGGAAGAUGAUGGUGGAUUUAGCGGGAGAGUGAAGAAGAAAGGAAAAGAAGAAGCAGCGCAGGUUAAGAAGGUGAAUCCUUGGCUUAAGGCUGCAGCUACUAUAUCGAGUUUGAAGAAGGGCAAAGAGAGUUUUCUUGAGGAGGUUUUAGCAAAGGUUAAUCCAGACGAUAUGGAUAGAGAAAGACAUAGGAGAAGGAAACAACCAUCUAGGAUACAUGAUUCAGUCGAUAAAUGUGAUCACGUUGCCAUGGAGAAUGAGUUGAUGAAAGAACAAGAAGAAGAAGAAGAUGUGACAGUCACCCUUCCGCAGACUUCUGAGAAUAUGGAAUUACCUAGCGUUAUAGUGGAGGGAUCAAACAAUAUAAAACAGAGUGAAGAAGCUAAGGCAGAGUCAGGAGUGAAGAAGGAGGUGAAUGCAACAGUUGAUACGAAAGAGAAGGAAGCCAUGUGCAAAGGUGGAACUGAGAAUGGGGCGGAAUUUGAUUUGGAUGCUGAUGGGUCACUUCGUUUUUACAUUCUUGACGCUUAUGAGGAGGCUUUUGGUGCGAGUAUGGGCACAGUAUAUCUGUUUGGGAAGGCUAAAAUGGGAGAUACGUACAAGAGUUGCUGUGUGGUUGUCAAGAAUAUCCAGAGAUGUGUUUAUGCUAUUCCAAAUGGUUCCAUAUUCCCUUCCCAUGAACUUUUUAUGCUCGAGCAAGAGGCGAAACACUCGAAACUUUCUCCUCAAUCCUUCCGGGUGAAGUUACAUGAAAUAGCAUCAAAACUGAAGAACGAAAUUUCUCAGCAAUUGUUACGACUCAACGUUUCAAAUUACAGCAUGGCACUUGUCAAGAGAAGCUAUGCAUUUGAGAAGCCUGAUGUGCCAGCUGGCGAGCAAUAUGUUUUGAAGAUUAAUUAUCCAUUUAAGGAUCCUGCACUUCCACAAAACCUUAAAGGGGAGUCUUUUUGCGCUUUGCUAGGCUCUCACACCAGUGCUUUGGAGCUUUUUAUCCUUAAAAGGAAGAUCAUGGGACCUUCUUGGCUGAAAAUUUCAAACUUCUCUAUCAGUUUACCUUCUCAACGAGUGAGCUGGUGCAAGUUUGAGGUUACUGUUGAAUCUCCCAAGGUUAUCACUGUUUUAGUUCCGGAGGAAAAAGUGGUUCAUCCUCCUGCUGUCGUCACAGCUAUAAAUUUAAAGACUAUAGUCAAUGAAACGCAGAACAUCAGCGAAAUUGUUUCGGCGUCUCUUCUCUGUUUUCACAACGCCAAGAUUGAUGUUCCAAUGGCAGGUCCAGAAAGAAAGAGAUGUGGUAUUCUGAGUCAUUUCACUGUGGUUAGGAAUCCUGAAGGAACCGGCUACCCGAUUGGUUGGAAGAAAGAAGUGUCUGACAGAAAUUCAAAGAAGGGCUGCUGUGUUUUAAGUUUUGAAAACAGUGAAAGAGCUUUGCUGAACCGAUUGUUUGUGGAGUUGAACAAAUUGGACAGUGAUGUUCUUGUGGGACAUAAUAUAUCAAGGUUUGAUCUGGAUGUCCUUCUCCAAAGAGCCCAGGGUUGCAAAGUUUUGAGUAGCAUGUGGUCCAAAAUUGGGCGUCUCAAACGCUCGUUCAUGCCUAAGCUUAAAGGGAACAACAAGUCAGGGCUCAUGUCUUGCAUUGCUGGAAGACUAUUAUGUGAUACAGAUCUAUGUUCUCAAGACUUGUUGAAGCAGGUCAGUUAUUCGUUAACAGACCUUUCAAAGACACAGCUGAACCAGGACAGGAAACAGAUAUCACCUAAUGAUAUUCCCAAAAUGUUUCAGUCAUCUAAGACACUUGUGGAACUUAUUGAAUGUGGGGAGAGAGAUGCAUGGUUAUCCAUGGAGCUCAUGUUUCAUCUAAGUGUUCUUCCUCUCACUCUCCAGCUUACUAACAUAAGUGGCAAUCUCUGGGGGAAAACCCUUCAAGGAUCCAGGGCGCAGAGAAUUGAAUACUACUUACUACAUACAUUCCAGUCGAGAAAGUACAUCCUCCCAGACAAAAUUUCGCAACGUAUGAAGGAAAUUAUAAAGUCAUCAAAAAGAAGAAUCAGCCAUGGUGAAUUGGAUGCUGAGUUGGCUUUGGAGAAUGAUCCGUCUAAGAAGGGUCCAGGCUACGCUGGUGGACUGGUGUUGGAACCAAAGAAAGGGUUAUAUGACAAAUAUGUGUUGCUUCUUGACUUCAAUAGUCUUUACCCGUCUAUUAUACAGGAAUAUAAUAUAUGUUUCACGACUGUGCCACGAUCAGAAGACGGAGUUCCUCGUUUACCUUCGAGCCAGACACCUGGAAUUCUUCCAAAGUUGAUGGAACAUUUGGUCAGUAUAAGGAAACGUGUGAAACAAAAGAUGAAGAAGGAAACAGGUCUCAAGUACUGGGAGCUUGACAUUCGGCAGCAGGCAUUAAAACUCACAGCCAAUAGUAUAUACGGAUGUCUGGGGUUCUCUGAUUCAAGAUUCUACGCUAAGCCUUUAGCAGAGCUCAUAACACUACAGGGAAGGGAGAUCCUGCAAAGAACCGUGGAUCUUGUACAGAAUCAUUUAAACCUAGAGGUGAUUUAUGGUGACACAGAUUCAAUCAUGAUUCACAGUGGACUAGAUGAUAUCGAAGAGGUCAAAACCAUUAUAACAAAAGUCAUCCAAGAGGUCAAUAAGAAGUACAGAUGUCUGAAAAUUGACUGUGAUGGCAUAUAUAAGAGAAUGCUUAUUCUAAGAAAAAAGAAGUAUGCUGGCGUCAAGUUGCAGUUCAAGGACGACGGGCAGACUUGCGAGGAAAUUGAAAGAAAAGGUGUGGAUAUGGUUCGUCGUGACUGGAGCAUACUCUCCAAGGAAAUUGGAGACUUAUGCUUGGCUAAGAUCUUUUAUGGAGGGUCGUGUGAGGAUGUUGUUGAAGCAAUUGAUAACGAACUUGUGAAGAUAAAAGAGGAAAUGAGAAAUGGGCAAGUUGCACUUGAGAAGUAUGUCAUCACCAAGGCAUUGACUAAGUCACCGGAAGCUUAUCCAGAUUCCAAAAGCCAACCACACGUUCAAGUCGCACUCAGAAUGAGGCAACGUGGUUUUAAAGAAGGUUUCAAUGCCAAGGAUACUGUACCUUAUAUAAUCUGCUAUGAACAGGGUAAUGCUAGCUCUGUCAGCUCAGCAGGGAUUGCCAAUCGUGCUAGGCAUCCUGAUGAGGUGAAGUCAGACGAGAGCAGAUUGUUGGUUGACAUAGAUUACUACUUGGCACAGCAGAUUCAUCCCGUGGUGUCUCGUCUGUGCGCAGAGAUUCAGGGCACAAGUCCUGAGAGGUUAGCCGAGUGUUUAGGACUUGACCCAUCAAAGUAUCGAAGCAACAACGAUGCUACGAGCAGUGAUCCUUCUACAUCCCUCUUGUUUGCUACAAGCGAUGAAGAAAGAUAUAAAAGCUGUGAGCCGUUAACACUAACAUGCCCCAGCUGCUCUGCUUCUUUCAACUGUCCAUCUAUUACUAGUUCAGUUUGCGCGUCGAUCAGUAAUAAAUCUGAAACAGAGGAAUCUACAUUCUGGCUUAGACUGCGUUGCUCGAAAUGCACGGGAAGAAUAUCCCCUGCAAUGAUAGCUAAUCAGGUGAAAAGGCAGAUUGAUGGGUUCGUGUCAAUGUACUACAAAGGCACAAUGAUGUGUGACGAUGAGUCUUGUAAGCACACCACUCGCAGCCCCAACUUUCGUCUGCUAGGUGACCGGGAACGGGGAACAGUUUGCCCAAACUAUCCUAACUGUAAUGGAACCCUCUUAAGAAAGUACACUGAAGCAUACCUGUACAAGCAGCUGUCAUACUUUUGCCACAUCCUAGACACACAAUGCUCUCUAAAAAAGAUGGAUGUUGGUGUGAGAAUUCAAGUAGAGAAAGCAAUGACGAAUAUAAGACCUGCGGUUGAGUCAGCAGCAUCGAUAGCUCGGAGUAUCCGAGACCGGUGUGAUUACGGAUGGGUGCAACUCAAAGACAUAGCCAUUUGA